AUGCCUAAUCAAUCGAAUACUCCCCAUGAUGCCCCCAGGCCGGGCUAUGUAUUGCGUUUGAUUAUCUUCUAUAUGGAAUUGCUAAAAGAAUUCCUAAGUAGCACUGCUCUAAAUGGUUUAAAAUAUUUGGCUUUUAAAUAUUUAAUUUUUUGGGAAAAAUUAUUUUUCCUUGUUUGCUUUGUUGCGGCAGCAUACAAUUCCAUCAGCUUUGCCAUCAACAUUAUCGAAAAGUGGCAAACUUCACCGGUCAUAAUCAUCAUGAACCCCCAAGCCACUUUUGUGACCAACGAACCAUUUCCAUCGGUUACCAUUUGUAAUAUGAAUCAGGCGAGUAGGAAAAAAGUUGGAGGCUUUCCUAGAAAUUCAUCAGAUUAUGCCAUGAGCUCCAAAGUUUGUUUUCAAGAUCUAAACUACACCUCAUAUGCUACCUCAAAGUUUCAUAAAAGCAAUGAUACCUUUGGCAGUUUCAUAACCAGGAACGCCCAACCCUGUUCCGAGAUGAUAGCCAUGUGUCAAUGGGAUCAAACUCUAACAACAUGCACCGAUUUAUUUCGAGAAGUCCUUCUGGACGAGGGUCUUUGCUGUUCUUUUAAUAUCGCACAUCCAUUCUUAAUUUACAAAGGAGACUAUUCAAUGAGCCGAGAUUUUACAACUAUCGACAGCCAAUGGAUCCCCAUUGAUUGGCAUCCAGAGAACGGCUAUCCCAAAGAUCUGCCCAAGCGUUUUUACCCUCGCAAAGCUGUGGGUUCAGGUAUCAGCAAUGGCUUAACUCUGGUUUUAAAUGGAGACAUUGAUGAUUAUUAUUGUUCAUCAACCAAUGGACCGGGCUUUAAGGUCCAGUUACACAACCCCAUUGAUUCGCCCCAGAUCAAAGAAACCGGUUUAUCGGUGAGUCUUGGCUAUCAGACCAGUUUUCGCAUCAACGCCAUUAAGGAUGAAGCCCAGCCCACUUUACGCUCCAUAUCGCCCAAAGAUCGUCAGUGCUAUUUUAGUAAUGAACGUCCUUUAAGUUAUUUCCAGUAUUACACCAGACGUAAUUGUGAAAGUGAAUGUGAUGCGAACUUCUUGCUGAGAACUUGCAAUUGUAUACCCUAUCAUCUGCCGAAGGUAAUUGCCAAUGCCACCAUCUGUUACAUUGAACAUUUCGAUUGUCAGGUGGAAGCCGAAAAGGAUUAUACAGAUCCGGAAAACUCAAAAUGCAAACAGGAGUGUUUAUCGGGCUGUCAUGAUUUAAGCUAUUCACCAAAAAUAUUCUCAACACCCUUGGCCAGUGAGAAUUUUGAUGUGGACAAUUCGUUUAUGAGAAAUCUCACCAAGGAAUAUAUAACGGAAAAUUUAGCUUAUUUGAAUAUCUAUUUUCCGCAAAACUUCUAUCGCAGCAAUGUUAAGACGCCCUACACGGGUUUAACAGAGUAUUUAUCACAAACUGGUGGCAUUAUGAGCUUGAUGAUUGGCUUCAGUGUCAUUUCAGUGGUGGAAUUUUGUUACUUCUUCAUAAUGAAACCCUUGGCUCAACUCUGGGAGAGAUGUUUCCAUAGAAAUAUCAUUAAUAUACAACAAUUGGCUGCUAAAAAUAAUGCUGGAGAUUAAUAUGGAACAGAUUUGGAGCUGAACGAUAUGAUGAAAUAAAUAUUAGAUUUUUUUGUAGUCUACGCACAAUUCUCACCACUGCUAUUAUUUUGCACAUGCAUGUUCAUGUGAAAAAGAAAACAUUUUCACU